GACAGGGAGGCCUGGCGUGCUGCGAUUCAUGGGGUCGCAAAGAGUCGGAUAGGACUGAGCGACUGAACUGAUGCAUUGAUUUCUUGAACACAAAAAGGAGAGGCUUGAAAAGUUGACUCCUGAGUAGUGCUAAGAUUUGAAUGAAUUGGAGUGUGCAAAAAAAGAAAAAUCUAGAAGUCCAGAACCUUCUGUUGGGAAAAGGAGGAUCCCAGACUGCCCUGGUAUAGUAUUCUGAGAAGUAUGAAGGAAUUCAUGCCCUCAUGGGGUAGGUCUGGAAAACCUCUAGGUGGGUCUGGCCCCUUUAAGACUCCAAGCCUGAAGUAACCUGGUAGCUAAGGAGUCAUAAUGACAACUUUCCUGGGUAAUUCUCCCUGAAAAUGUAGUUAUUACCUUCCAGGACGAGACGUCCUGAGGAUCAGAGCCAUCUUUUCCUCAGUUUGGUUGUAGAUGCUGGCUUGGAGAUGGACCUGCUAGAGGAUCUUGAGACCCUGAAGUUUGAGUCCGGGAUUCAUGAGGAAGACCAAAGCUGGCUGUAUUUGCUGGGCCGUUCUCAUGGUCUGAUGACCAAGGCCUGCGCCCACGCAACCUUCUUCUGCAAGCUACUCCAUAAUUUGAGGUACGCUGGGUCCCUAGGGUCAAAGAAGCGAACCUCUAAAUGUCGCUUGACUGGGUUGCGUGAAGAAACUCUGGAUGACGAUGCGUUAAAGGUGGGCAUCAUCGGAGGCGGCCACCUUGGGAAGCAGCUGGCACACACGCUGCUCCAGUUCAUCCCCAUCCCUGCUGAGAAUCUGCGGAUCUCCACUCGGAGGCCAGAGACCCUGGAUGAAUUCAAGAAACUGGGAAUCCAGUGCUUUUACCAGAACGCUUCUCUGGUGGGAUGGGCCGAUGUGGUAUUCCUCUGCUGCCUGCCAUCUCAGCUGCCUAAUAUCUGCGUAGAAAUUCAAACCCGGCUUGGGAAAGACUGCAUUGUGUACAGCUUUGUCUCUGCCAUCCCAGUAUCCAGGUUGAAACUCCUACUGAAUCACACUAACAUCUUGCGGCCCCAGUAUCAGUGUGCUGAAGAUCUUGCCCACAUCUGGGGGACCAAUGAGAUCACCGCUGCUCUCCAAGACCCCACGAUUCUUCAGGCUACCUGCCCCUACAGCCCUGCUGGGGGAAUAAGCCUCAACAUCAAGUGGCUGGAGGGGAUGUUUUAUGCACUCUUAAACUUCUGCACAGCAAACGACAUGCCGCACUCACAAGCGCUGCAGCAUCUGAACGAGCUGUUCUCCGCCCAGCACCUCAAGGCCUGUAAGGAGGACGAAGCAUCACCCCGAAAAUUUCAAGCCCAAGAUUUUGUCAGUAAGAUCUAUGCCAAGAACCUGUCUCAGAAACGGCCUUUCCCCUUGUUUGAUCUGACUACUGUGCAACUCAAGGAAACUCCCUUUAGCCAGUACCUCUCAAACAGCACUACUUUUCAGGACUGCUUUACCCAUCUAUAUUGUGACUCAUUUGGCAUCUCCCUAACCAAAGAACAAGAAGAGCCAGAGGUUUCCACGGGUUCUCCAUCCCAAUAA